AUGGUUGCGAGCGCACAACUGGACAAAAGCAUAGGUGGGAUGUAUGGAGGGGUUUCGUGUCCAGCGGGACAGACAGCGUCUUUAAAUCUUUAUUCACCAUUUAUGUUAUCAUUUGCGAUACUUUCUAACCAUGUGAUUUUCUAUUACUCUGCAGCGGAAAAUAAAAUAUUGAUACAAUGUGGGGAAGAUAUAAAAGCAGAAAAUGGAAAGUUGUCGUAUAAAGGAAAAGAAGGACGUAACUAUCUAUGCAUCUGGAGGAUUUCGGUCGAAUAUGGCAAAGCGAUUGCUUUCAAUCUAACGAAGUUAUCCAUAAGCUACCCAGAGAACUGGCUACGUCUUUUGGAUGGAAGCGAUUGUGGUGCACCGGUCGUCCAUUUCGUAAACGGAGAUUCAGAAAACCGUCUCGUAUCACUGACUUCUACAUCAAAUACAAUGAUGGUAAUAUAUGCUGCAAUAAAUGGGGACGAAACAGACACUAUUGAGGCAGAUUAUAACAUGGUGUCUGCGCCCCCAGGCACUACAUCGACAGUGUCUGCGCCAUCUGGCACUACAUCGGAAGCUGGAUCAAAAUUGAUACCCAUGGCGGCCACAAAUCUGUUGCUCAUUAUAGCGGCACGGAGUUAUGCUUUAAGCUGA